GUUAAAAUUUAUGGUGACGCAAGAUUCAGCAAAGCAGAGGAAGAGACAGCAGACACCGCACCUUCGACCAAGGUAAGCGAACAAAGACCAACUAUCUGAAAAUACAGGACGAAAGCGAAAGAAUAAGAUUUAUUGGACGUUUUCCUUUACUGAUUUUUUCUUUUAGGGAGAUUUUGAACGCCUCCCGUCUGAUAUCUGAUUUUAAGACUGAAGCUGGUGUAGCAUUUAAGUGGCUAACGUCUACCAGCUAACUUUCCCUUAGCUGUUCGCUUCAGUUAACUUCAAGUUGUCAAGUCAACAGAUAGCAGACAGGUAAUAUUUCCGGUAUUAACCUUCAAAAUAAAACGCAGACAAAACUCGGAUUGUGGACAAGCAGCAUUCCCUCGAAAGUUCGUAUUUUAUUUUGAAGGAAUUAUUCUGUGCUUUGUGAGAUUAGUGUUUUGGACUUGACCCAGCUCGGAACUUUAAUUGCUAACUAGCCAGCUACCUAAUGUUAGCAGGUUAAAGCAUUUUUAUCAAGUUUUACAACAAUACUAGAUAUCCCAAGUGAGAUCCUCGCUCUCAUAUAAGUGUGAAGUUUGGGUUAAGUACAGUGAGUGUUGAUUUGAACCAGUUAUUUUACUCUUAAUGGCUGAAUUGUCACCGAAACCACUAACUUUGGUGUGUACGUGUUGUUGACUGUCUGGGACUGAGGGGCAAAAAUAGCUCAACUGUGGCACUAAUGUUUUUCAAGUAUCUAACAUCACCUUUUGGGUUCAAAUGUGAAAGGAAACAGCAUUAAUAUGUCCAAAUAACAUGAAUAUCUGUGGUAAAUGUGAAAUAUAUGUUACAGACGCUUUACACGUAGGUUGUGCUAAAAAUACAUAUAGUAUUAUCCUCCGUGUCUAGUUCCUGGUCCUGAUAUAUCUGCUUAGUUAACAGCAGAAUUUUCUCUUUUAACAGCAAAGAAAGUCAAUAAAUGUGAGGGAAAGAUUAAAUAAAAACUUAUUUAGCCGAGGGUUUUAAUUGUGGAUUGGAUAUAAUAACUCUACAGUUGUAUGCAUUUAAAGUAGGCCUGGAAAAUGUUGGGAAAUGUUAUCCUGAUUGAGAUGAUAACAGGAACAGUAUAUUUGGUUCACAGUUGUUAUUUCACUCAUUUUAAAGCCAUGGUGGUGGGCUGGGAGGAGGACACAGGUAGGCCCCCAAAAUUAUUUGAAAGCAGUUUUUCACAAAUUAGUUUCUGCAAUUUCAGUCAUAAAGUUUGGCUUAAGUGUGAGGCGAUUUUGACUGUGCGCCUCUGACGUAAUUGAAUAUUUCUGCGGUUCUUUUCUUUGCCAGUCUCGCACUUAGCAGAUCCCUGUACUCUCAAAUCUUGGCUUGCUCUGCAAAGAUGCUUACUUUUAAGAGUCAAAAAAUAAGUUACUUAGUGUGUUACUUAAACCAGGAUAUAAUACUGAUUCCAAGAACUUAUUUGUCCUGAAAUAUCUUGAAAUAAGGUGAAUGUUUGAACUCUGUCAGGUAAGUGCAGCUUAAGUGUACUGAGAUAAUUUGAAUAAAAACGAGACAACGAGAAACGAAACUGGUUACAGUUGGAGGUUUUGUAGAUGUCAUGCUGUUAAUAGAAAGAUAGAAUUUUACCUUUUUUUUGUCUGUAUCUGUUUGUGAAAAAUAUAAAAGUGCUGUUGUAGUACCUCCCACAAAAAAUCCCCAACUUUUCUGAGAAGUACACAAAAAGCUACUUCACCACAGUAACUUGAGUAAAUGUGAAUUGUUGCUCUCCACCUCUGAAUGUUUUCUCAAAUCUAGAAAGCUGGAUAUGCAGAGUAGGGAACUCCUGAGGCUCUUUAGUACUUUAGUAUAUUUACUUUUUUAACUCUACCUUCAAACAAUGCAGCUUCUACCAUUUGGAUACUGCUCCCUGUGUUGUUCAACCUUUUCCAAAACUCUGUCUCACUCACACACUGACUCCUCGGUCAGUGCUUGCACAAAUCAGAUUUCUUCAUCAUUUCUUCAUAACUGCCUGUCACAAUGUUAUCUUCAUUGCUUUGUUUAGACAGCAGCUUUCCUUCCUCUUUCUCUGCACCAACCGUCAUCCCAUUUCAUAAUUCCAAUUUUAAACACAGCCUGGUGUCGUAAUCUGAACAUACCAUUGCAAUAAGGUAUUUUUGUCACAAAGCGUACUUUUUAGGAUACUCCUCCGCUUCCCUCAACCCUCCAUUAUUUAUCAUUCCUCUUACUUCUUGGUAGUGUAGCAUUUCUCUCUAAAUUGUGUGUCGCAGCACAAUGAACAUGUUUUUCUAGCAGUCUGCAGUGACAGAGGAAACAUUGUACUGUGGACACGCUGUCUGCUCACUUCAUUGUCUUUUCAGGUAAAGCAUGGCAAUGACGGGCCAGAGCUCCUGCUCCUCCAUGAGUAACCACACCAAGGAGCGGGUCACCAUGGCCAAAGUGACCCUGGAGAACUUCUACAGUAACCUCAUCGCCCAGCAUGAGGAGAGAGAGAUGAGGUAACAAACACACCUUUUAGAUCUGCACAGUAAUCCCGUCAGCAGCUGCAUAUGAACUUGUGGCAGUUUUUUGGAUUACACACUUUUCUAACAAUAGUGUCACAACUUUGACUUGAACAUGGCGUAAAUAGCAGUAAAACUCAAGAGGUUUGACUUCUGCUCAUAACUUGUCACAUAGGCUCAGGAAUAAGCUUUAUGAAUAUGACUUUAUUUUCCAAUUAUGCUCUGUCAGGUGUAUGCCAGAAAGAAAUUAAGUAAAAGCCACCUCCAUAAGUUAAUAGUGAAAUGCAUCAAACACCUGGGGAUGAAAAUAUGCAAUAAGUGUGGCACAGAAUGGUGGAAUGAUUUUUAACUGGUGGGAGUUUUGAUUAAUGUUAUGUCACAAACUUAAACUCUUCCAAACUUUUAACCCAUAAUUUCUGUGAUUGAUCUCUUUGUGUGCAUUCAGUUAGAUUCAGGCUGCGUUGAAAGAAGAACUAAAAGCAUGAACUUUUAUUUCUAAACUACAGUGGUAAAGGAAAAACACAGACCUUUAUUCCGACUAUGUGCUAAUUAAUGAAUCAGACACUCACACUUGUUUUAGUUUGGGUCUGUUUUAGAGUUUCUUCUUGAACUUUACAAAUAUACCCACAUUUUAACUCCCAUGUUAUUAACCAUCACCCAAGAGCACUCUUAAGUUUGAUCUGUCAACAGGCCUGUGACAGAAAUUUAAGAUUAAACAAAGCUCACCUUUUUUACUGCUUGAUUUUCUUAUGCCAAUUUACUGUAUGUGUGCUUUAGGUGUGGACAUAGGUAAACUCUCAGCAGCACAAUCACUCUGUCAUCAAACUGUAUAUAUAUAUAUAUAUUUUUUUUUUUUUUGCUUAAGCUUUAAUACAGAUGCAUCUCUGCAAAAUAUUUUCCAUUAAGAAUUUAAAGAAACUUAACAAAAAGUAGCCCCAGCUUCUUAUUUCAUGCACUUUUCAGAAAUUGGACAAUCACAGACUUUAAACCCUCAUUUUGAUUAAUUUCAGCAAAAAUUUUAAUACACUAGACAAUAUAUUUUAGGUUUUUAUUAGCCAUAUGCAAAAAAAAAAAAAAAAGAUCAAGAUAACGUUUAAAAAAAAAGGCUCAAAAUGUUUUCACAUUCAAGUUUACCAUUUAACUGUCAAAUGAAAAAAAAAAAGCUUUUUUCUCAAUCUUCUUAUUUGUGGAGAUGUAGGUGGGAAAGACUUGUUGGGAAAACAGCUUGCCUCAAGCAUCAUGCAGAGUACAUGUCGACUUUUUCUGUCUGGAGACACAAACUCUGAAUACAAAGCAGUCAGCUCUUUCGGAUCAAGUGUGGAGGAGCACUAGCAUGAUAUCAGACAGACUGGAAAUUACUUCUAACUUUAACUUUAAUGAAGUGUCUCAACUCAUUUUACUUUGUUUUAACUUAUUUCAUUAUUAUAAUUAUUUUUAACUUAUUUUAACGCAGUUGGGGUUUCAUCUUUUACCGAAUUCUUAACCUUUCCUGUUGACCGGCUUUUUUGGAAAUUUCUUUUUCUUUCUAUUUCUGUUUUGUUUAGUGUUGUAAAGCACCUUGUAACUCUGUUUUUUAAAAGUGCUGUAUAAAUAAGACCUUCAUUAUUGUUGUUGUUACUGUUGUUAAAUAGAUAUGACUAAUGAGAAACCAGGAAGUGUUAGUUUCAUCAAGCCACAGAGAAGUGGCAGCAUGUUGUGUUUUAGGUUGUAUGAAUAAUAUCACGUUCUACCGUGAACUGGUCAAACACUACAUCAUGCAGCCCUAACCCACACAGAAAGUUGAUGGCAGGACAUCUAUCAGUGGACUGCUGAUUAGUUUUUCCUGUGCCAUCAGGAAGUCGUUCCCUGUUGAUUGUUUCCAGUACUCGUGUGAAAGCAGCGUGACACUGAUUCUCGCUGGUAGAAGCUCCAACAUUGUCUUUCAGUCAGCGGCAUAUUUACAUGAUCCGGGUCAACUCCUCCGUCUCUCACCACGUGAUAAGUGAUAUGUGACUCCUGCUGCUGCUGCUCUGUGCUUUGACUCUGCUUCAUGGAGCACACACACUAUCUGCUGCCUGACUAAGUAUUGAUAACACACUUUCAAAGGAGAAACACAACAGGAGGUGGCGGUGGGCAAGUAAUUCAAUCGGUCCAUCAACUGCUGUGACAAGCCGUGUGAAGGCAUGAGGGAAUUUGAUCUUAUCCUCUGACUGACAUGCUGCUCUGGGGUGUGAUACGGUGAAAGACUGUAAAUAAUUCAGUAGAAACAUGUUGGUGUAACUGAGGGUGAAGCUGACCCUGGAUUUGACAUUUUAUACCCUUGUGUUUACAUCCUAAGUUGGCCUACAAAACCUUUUCUUGGGGGUUUUGGCGGCAUCAUCAAACAUCUAAACAUCAACUACCCCUCUAAUAUUUGUGCUGUUUAAAAACACACAAACUAUUACACUUCUGUUGAUUAUUGCCAAGAGAUGAUUGAUCUGAAACCUCUGAUUUUUUGAGGAGAGGGUGAUUCUUGUGUUCUACUUCUUUGCCCAUAACAUGAUGUAAAUAUCCUUACUCUCCUUUCAGGCAGCAGAAGCUCGAGAAGGUGAUGGAUCAGGAGGGUCUCGCUGAUGAAGAGGUAAGAGACAAACACAUGCAGGGUUUAAACUGCAUGCUUUGUAGCACUGUGAGAUUCCAGGUUGUGUUUUCUGAUUUGCAGUGCCAGAAAUAGGUUAAUGUUUAUUGACUUUAAGUGAUAAGGAAGCAAGCAUUGUUUAUUUUUCUUGGGGAAAAAUGUAGAAACCUCAACUUUAUAAAGCUUUCUUGGAAGAAAACAGCCUGAUAGUUAUCUGAAACCACAAUGACACCAAAAUAAAUUUCUGAAAUGAAGUCAUACUGUUUAGAGAACUGGGGUACUUAUAACUGGGCUUGUUUUUUGUAGAAAAAACCUCCUUUGGACUUCACUGUUCUCAGAGGAAACUCCUGUAGGCUCCUAGAUGAAAUAUUGACCAAUCAGUUCUCAGUUAGUCCCAAAGUUGUGAAAAUAAGAUUGACCUUCAUUUACAAGUGUGUGUUUCCUUCAAAUUGACGCUUUUAACCACGUUUGCUUUGUGCUCUGCAGAAACGUAUCCGGCGUUCCCAGCAUGCAAGGAAAGAGACAGAGUUCCUGCGUCUGAAACGCACUCGUCUGGGUCUGGAGGACUUUGAAUCUCUGAAAGUGAUUGGACGAGGGGCUUUUGGAGAGGUAAAACAAAACAGUUUAAAAGAAUAUGUGUUCCCUUUUCCUGAUAGUCUUUGUCUUUUCACUAUUUUGGUAUUUUCUCUACCUUGUUUUAGUUUUUUACAAACUUCUUGACCUUUCUUCAGGUCUAUCACUCACCCACAGACCUCAACAUCCCAGUGUUUUGGUCUGUCCUGCAUGUUUUGGAUGUGUCCCUGCUUCAACACACCUGAUUCAAAUUAUCAGCUCGUUAUUAAGCCAUUACAGAGCUUGAUAACGAGCUGAUCAUUUGAAUCAGGUGUGUUGGAGCAGGGAAACAUCCAAAACAUGCAGGACAGUGGGCCUCGAGGACUGGACUUGAGAACCACAGGUCUAAGCUGUCGACUUUCCUCUUCAGACAAGAUGCAUGAGUUGUUGUAUUCAUUAGAUUCAUAUCAGCCGGAGCAUUUAGUCUCUUUGCAAUUGUUUAAUGCUUAGACACAGUGUAUUUAAAAAAAAUGAGCUUUCAUUACUCUCGUCGGUUACUAUGGCUUACAAGAUUUUAGCAUGAGUUUCACAGAUUGAAAACAUUAGAGGGUGCUGGUUUUUGUGGCUGCUCUGGAGAAUAUAACGCUCAGUUACGCAGUAAUUAGUGAUAUAGAAAUUUCAUAUAAUUGAAGCACAGAGGUUCAGAGAGGAGCUUUAAUGGUCUGGUUGAUUGAAAGUUAGUCUAUCGUGAGUUUCUUUCAGUGUAUCACUGCAGAAACAGCCUCAAAGAAGGAGAGGAGAUGCAUCAGUGAUUUAAUGGGUGACUAAUCACCAAGUCUCUGUCUGCGGCUCAAAACAUCCUCAGGCUGAAGUCCACCAGGAAUCAGCUGAACAACACAUGCACUUUUUUUUCUCCUUCGUAGAUUUCACACUUAGAUUCAUCAGAGCGACUUUAUUGUACCCUCUGCUGAAACUCUCCUGGUUUUGUUCCCCUCCAGGUUCGUCUGGUGCAGAAGAAAGACACGGGUCAUGUCUACGCCAUGAAGAUCCUGCGCAAAGCCGACAUGCUGGAGAAAGAACAGGUGAGGCAGAAGAAUAUGCAAACACCUGAUCUUUGUCGUUUCAUCUGUUAAAUGUCUUUAAAACCUGUCGUUCUGUGCGUCAGGUUGGACAUAUCCGUGCCGAGAGGGACAUCCUGGUGGAGGCAGACAGUCUGUGGGUGGUCAAAAUGUUCUACAGCUUCCAGGACAAGAUGAACCUCUACCUCAUAAUGGAGUUUCUACCUGGAGGUAACACCCUCAUACUCUGAAACACAACACAUUACAAACCCAGAGUACAUCCUCAUGAUGACCUCGAGAAUCAUUCAGAGCUGAAAAAUAUGAAACCACAGGAAAAAGAAAAAAAAACAGGGUUUAACCUCUGCUGUGUUGGGCUGCAGGAGACAUGAUGACCCUGCUGAUGAAGAAAGACACUCUGACAGAAGAAGCCACACAGUUCUACAUCGCAGAGACGGUGCUGGCCAUCGACUCCAUCCACCAGCUCGGCUUCAUCCACAGAGACAUCAAACCUGACAACCUGCUGCUGGACUCCAGGGUCAGUCACAGUGAACCAGAUACUUUAAUGCAUUUCUAUUCUCAGUUUCUACUUUACUGUAAGAGUUUACUGUAAACUCUCUCUUCAAGAAACUGAUAUUACAGAUUAUGAUGUGAAAAACGCAACAGGAAUUAACACCAGAUAAAUGCAGUUUGUAUAACUGUGAACCAGUGUAUCAAAUGAGGGAAUAAAAUGAAGUUAAUCAUGGACAACGAGGAAGUGGUGACAGCAUGAAAUGUUUCAGGCCUCAUGACUGACUUUGCAUGUCCUGCUGUGUGACUAUAGAACAUGUGCACAUCCCAGUAGCAACGUUUCAACAAUAUACUAUUCAGCUCUCCUGUUUACACCUCAAGGUACCCGAGCAUCUCAGUUUGGUUCCUCAUUCUCCCUCUAACGGCAAAAAUGAACUCCUGAGUUGUCAUGGGAAACAUUUUCUUUUGCACAUCCAAUGCAUUUGAUCAGCUUGUGCACAGAAAUACAGGAAAAACCAGGCUGUGUGUGUGAAAUGUAAAGGGUAGAGCAAAAAAAUAUAAAGAUAAGGAGAGAUUCUCUCUGCUGGACACACUGUUCAAAGAUCACAUCCGUCACCUGAGUCUUCUCAAAUCUUGCCUCCUCAGCCUUGUGUUACUGCAUAUAAAUCAAUUCAACACAGUUUUCCUCACUGAAUAAAUACUGUAUAUCCCAUCAUUUUUGUGCACUCAGAUCUAGUGCAUAAUCUGUGACGUGUGACGCUGCUGUGAAGUGUUAAAAAAAAACUCAAAGUGAAGAUUUCAAUAAGACGCAGCAGAGAAAUGUAAAAAAAAAUCAGUCCAGCUGGUGGUCUGUUACUCCUCAGGAUCGUUGUUGAUUUUUGUGGAUGGACUGAUCGACUCCCAGGAAACACUGUUGGGUGUUCAAAUAUGUAGUUAAAGCUUCUGAUCACUCACAUCCGGUCUAAGAUGAGAAAUGACACCUGUGACUGCUACAAACAAGCAAAGCCAUCUUCUCAGUGUCUGCAUUUGUGACGUACACCGCUUAAUGGUCUUCAUAAUGCCCAGAAUUUGCCAUCACACUGUGCUUCAGACUUUGGUGCUUAAGGAGAGUGUGUUUGUUGUUUCAGGGUCAUGUGAAGCUGUCAGAUUUUGGUCUGUGCACGGGACUGAAGAGAGCUCACCGGACUGAGUUCUACAAGAACCUGAACCACAGUCUGCCCAGUGACCUCAGCAAGCAAAGUAGGACAAACCAGUUCACUUAUUUAUCACAUUUAGCAUGCAAACUAACCUCAGCCAAUCACAUCUGAUCAUGUUUUACAACCCACUCCAUUGUCACACGCAUGAGCUGAUGUUUAGACUGUAGUUAAUCCACAAAGCAGACGCUGUGAAAUAUGUGAUGCCUGUAUGAAAAACAAACUUUUUAACUAUCAGCUGGUUUGCAACUUGAUAAAUAAAGUGAGCUGUCCUCGUCUCCACAGCUUUUCAGAACAUGAACUCCAAGAGGAAAGCAGAAACCUGGAAGAGGAACAGGAGGCAGCUGGUAGGUCUGAACAGAGACAGAAUAAAACUGAAGCAUCAUGUCUGGAUCACAGGCCAAAACAUGACAGGCCAACACUACUUCUUUAAAUGUAACCCUGGGUUAUAUGAUACCUGCCCCUAACUGUCUCCUCUUCUUCUCUGUCAGGCUUUUUCCACGGUGGGAACCCCAGAUUACAUCGCUCCAGAGGUCUUCAUGCAAAACGGAUACAACAAGCUCUGUGAUUGGUGGAGCCUGGGCGUCAUCAUGUAUGAGAUGCUGAUAGGUAAGAGAGGAGAACCCACCUGAUUCAUGACUAAAACACCCGGCUGAAUAAAGUCUAAAUAAUGGUUACUGUACGUGCAGGUUACCCUCCAUUCUGCUCAGAGACGCCUCAGGAGACGUACAGGAAGGUGAUGAACUGGAGAGAGACGCUCACCUUCCCCCCAGAAGUGCCUAUAUCAGAAAAGGCCAAAGACCUCAUCCUCAGGUAUGGACACUCUUUGUCUUUGUCUGAUAACAGCGGUCAAGUCGAACUCCUGGAAUAGGUUUUUAAAGGUGCAAGUGUUUCCUGUUUGCAGGUUCUGCUGUGAGGAGGAGCACAGGAUCGGUGCUGCAGGGGUGGAGGAGAUCAAGUCCAAUCCGUUCUUUGAAGGUGUGGACUACGACCAUAUCAGGUGAGAAUGGGGUGGGUAAAGAUACCUGAACCUGACUUGUCCUGACCCUUUUAAUUGAUUUUAAUUGAAUAAAUCCAGCACUAUGAAGACCCUCUCUUGCCAAUUUGACUCAUCUUGCAUGUAAGUUGGUUGUGCAAAGGACGUGAAACGAGAAACUUGAACGGCAAUCAGUUGGGUGAUGGAAAAGGUCGACGAACAGCUGAAAGAAGAGGUCAGGCUUUCAGAUAGCAAUGAAGAAGUUAAGAAAUAAAAGAAGUUUCCCCAAGCUGAGUGGAAAGUGUAAGGGAUAGUGGGUGGACUUCGCAGGUCCUCUCAGAUGCAUGAAAGUUACCGUCCAUUGUAGUGAUGAAUGAGAAAUGCAUUGCUGGGUGCUACAAACCAGCAGAAUGUACAGCAGUGCUUGUAUGGCAGGAGUUACACUGAGGCUACAGAGGAAGAAAGUGUCAGGAUGUAUCGUUGCAUGAUUGUUUUCCACUCAGUGUUGUUUUCGUCGAUGAUGACGUUGACGAAAAUGUUUCGUCAAUGAAAACAACACUGCAGAAUAUAUGUUUAGCGCUGACUGACGAAAUGCUCAUAAAUUUGGCAACUCUGCUCGUCGUCCACCAUUAACGUUUUCGUCUAGCCUUGUCUCGUUAACGUAAACGCACAGUCGUCUCGUCACAUUUUAGUUAUCUAAGACUUAUGUUUAGCUCGUCAACGUCACGUCUUUGUCGUAGAAACAAAGGGGCGUUGAUGAAAUAUUUUCAUCAACGAAAACAACACUGUUUCCAGUAUAUUGAUCAUCAGUGUCCAUGUCUCCUGAUAUCAUCAUCGUUGUUGGCUCAGUAUUCAGUACUGCAUCAUCUCCUCACCUCAAGGUUUUCAGCCCACAGAGAACUCUUGUUUCUUGUCAUCUGAAAGGAAAGGGAUCUUUUUCUGUCUGCAGCGUUGUUCAUAAAGGAACAGUUUAUACUGGAUGAGAAGAGAAAGUUAGUUGCUGGUGACACUGAUAACCUUCCUAAUGUGUUUUUCAGAGAGAGACCUGCUGCCAUCCCCAUAGAGAUCAAAAGCAUCGACGACACCUCGAACUUUGAUGAAUUCCCUGAUUCAGACAUCCUCACACCCACAGGUAUGCAGCAUGUUCCUGUUCAACUUUGUGUCAAAUCUGGACUAGUAGCCAUAUAUGAUAUUCAUGUUAUGAGGCGGUGUUGCUAGACUUGUCCUCGGUAUCCAGCAUGCUAUGAAACUAAAGCUGUCAUGUGCCUCUUUGAACUCCAUCUUCAGGGUAAAACACAGUCGAAUAUGAUUUAGUUUUUAUUCUAGUGUUUUGUCCGCACCGCUGUAAAAGAUGUCGCUUCGCUUUAGCUGAGAAAAAGAUCUUAAAAGUGUGUCCUGUACUAAAUUUUGUGUUGUAUCCUGUCUCCUUUUUGUUGCACUGACUGAAAGCUUUUCUUCUUCUGCUCCAGCUGCUCCUGUUUCCAACCAGACCGAGGCCGACCUGAAGAACAAGGACUGGGUCUUCAUCAACUACACCUACAAACGCUUCGAGGGCCUCACCGCUCGAGGGGCGAUUCCGUCCUACAUGAAGCCGGGGAAGAGAUGAAAACUUUGAGACAGGAUUUAACAACACCGUGACACCUGAACGAGUCGUCCAAGCCCUGAGAGGAGAGCCGGGUCUGCUCUCUGUUCCUGAGCGUUCCUCCAGGACGAAUAAUAACAGGGCUCACUUUCAUCUGCUGCUUCCCACCAUAGGAACUGCUGCCUUCAUUUCUGCAGUCUUCACUUUCUCUCAUGCUUCCGAGGGUACCUCUCUUCUUCCUGCUGGCCUGUGAGGACUGAUCUGGGAUUAAAGGAUUCAGCGGGACGUCUUCAUUCCUGAUACCAGCAUCAUUUACAUUCCCUCUCUGCAAACCAGCACCAGUCUGUUGGAUCUACCAAGGGCUCUUCUUUUUUCACUCCAUCUCGCGUUGACUUAUCUACUCGAACAUUUGUAAUUCUCACUUGAAGGUAAUCAGGUGCUCUUCAGGGAUCUGUCCACACGUGUCCACAUGGGGGUUUUUCCUCCGGCUCACUUAGACGCUUCUUCAGACGACUGAACCAAAGACUGUGAGCUGCACCGUGUUUCUGCUUCCUCUCUCUGUCACGUCACUUCUUAAGACUUUAGACGUUUUUAGAUCGCCAUUUGCAAGAUCUGCUUGUUGAAUUGAACACAUGAGAAUGAUGCAUUUUGUUGAGUCUUGUUACAUUUUGGCAGUGGCCCCCCCUCUUUUAUGUUUGGAGACCUUUAGCACCUUAAAAAUGUCUGAUGCAACUUCAAUACUGUCAGGCCUACAGCUGAUUGACUGUGUGCUUGUGUUGGGUGUUUUUUUUUGGAUUAGGGAAAGUUCAAGUGUGGCUGCAUUCAUCUGACAGCAGAGUUAGUGCAGGUCCUCAAAAGUGAAAUCAUGGUUUCCCCCACAAACGUCUGCAGUGUUACUUUGAACAGAGACUGCUCUGAUGUGACUCUGAUGUUGGGUAAUUGUCUGAUCUAAUGGCUGGAUUUGCUCCUGCUGAAACUGGGGCCAAUCUGUGUUUUUCAGCAAGAUGCUAGGUGGUCAUUUUAUUUUCAAAAAAGAGAGGAGCCAAAGUUUCUGCUCUGGAAAACUAUUUCUAAUCCUUCAUGCACGGAACAGUUAAAAAUCUGCAAACUUUUUCACAAAAUGAUAAAGGCUCUGUUUCAAUCCAGCAGGAUGUUGCUCUCACUUAUAAGAUCUCUGUCUCUUACCGAUGAAACUGAUGAUUUUACAACCUGAUUUUUAAAGCCUGAAUCUGGUGCUCGGAGAGUAGGUGUCAGUCAUGAAAUUUAUGAAAAACAGCCUAAAAUAUUCACAACAAAGAAAAUGUGACCUGCAGUAGUCAGCUGGAUGAGUUUUGUUUUUUUUUUCCUGUGAUUAUGAAUGUUUUGCAGACGCAGAAAUGCCUUGUAACUACUUACAGUGGUUCUCAAGUAAAGUCCUCGAGGCCCACUGUCCUGCAUGUUUUGGAUGUUUCCCUGCUCCAACACACCUGAUUCAAAUGAUCAGCUCGUUAUCAAACUCUGUAGUGGCUUAAUAACGAGCUGAUAAUUUGAAUCAGGUGUGUUGGAGCAGGGAAACAUCCAAAACAUGCAGGACAGUGGGGGCUCAAGGACUGGACUUGAGAACCACUGACUCACGACAAAGAGAAAAUGUAGCUGUAGCUAAUUUCGAUGGGUGUCAUUAGACUGGAAAGGCUGGGUACUCAUGAAAUGUAACACUCCCUCCUGGUCAAACUUAAGCAGACAGUUUGUUCAUUCACUUGCCUGAUAAAUCAAGAUGACUCCCUCCAUCUCUAUAAUGAUUAACAGAGUCUAAAUGUCCCCCUUGGUGCUGAUUUAUGCAGCUGAGACUCGCUGCAGUCUGCACAUCAAAACAUGAGACUCUUUGGCCUUCAACAGAGCCUGCUUGAUACAUUUAUGAGACAACAUCCUCCUGAUUCAGGCCUGUGCGAGAUAUUUUCAGCUGCAUUUGGGAGCAAACCGUCUCUGAUAUAUACUAGUUUAAAAAAAAGACUUAUUCUGGCUCAAAAGUUCUUUAACAGUGGCCACCAUUAUUGAUAAGUUUAUGCAGUCUUUAAUUGGUGUUGGUGGAAAACACAUGAGGGACUUUGGUUUUCAGAGUCUCAUUUUAGUUCAAGAGAUGAAAAAAGAGGUUUUUGUUGAAAGUCAUCCAGAAAAAAAGUGAUUAUAACCGAUCACAGUGAUGCUUUGUUGGGAAAUGUGUUGCAGGUGUUUAAAACUUCAGUGAAAUAGUGGGAAAAAAAGCCCUGUGAGAAACCUGCAGGUUUGUGGGGAUAAAUUCUGGUUUCAUUACUGUGUGUCUGUCGGGUCUCUGCUGUCCUCUGGCCUUUUUCUCUCAGUUCUGCUGCAGUUGUUUUUUUUUUUUUAUCACCUCCUCUGCUUCCACUUUUUCACAAACAUUAGACAGGUUUGAUAAACGGACUCUCGGUGAGGGUUUCAUUUGUAAAUAUAUAUAUUUUAAUAUGUAACAGUGUGGUGGUCAGGAUGUUUGAUUUCAGCGGGAGAGAAGCUCAUAGCAUUACUUUGUCACCCUGAAUGUUUGUUUGUUUAGCUUUUAAGAGACACUCGACAUCUUAAACUCCACAUUCACACACCGUGUUUGUCCAGUGAGGAGUUAGUUUCACCUUCUGAAGCACAGGGCUAACUCAACGCUUUCCAGUGAACACAAGAUCCAAAAUGCUGUCAUUGUAAAAUGAAUGUAAAUGAAGUUUGAUGGAGUCAUGGAGAAGGUUUUCUGUUUUUUUCUGCCACAAUAAUUCCAAAAUGCUGUUUGUGUGAAUGUAGCCUGGACCAUACAACUCCCUUUGGUUUGUCUUUUUGCUAAAAUGUUUUUUCCAGCAAGUGAGGCGGAAAUAUAUGGAAACUCAUUUUACCAAGUACAACUGAUCAAUAACUAAAAGUAAGAAAGGGAUACAAAUAGAAAUCAGAUAGUGAGCUUGUAGAAAAACUUGGUCUGAUAUUGAAAAAUGCAUCUUUAUAAUUUAGAUUGUGUCAAAGAUUUGGAUUUAAGAGGUAAAAUUUUUAAUCUUGGCUUUGGAUAAGAUUUAUAACGAUUUAUUUUGACCCAGUUUGAUUCGGCUAAGAACGUGUAAAUAUCAAGAAUAUUGUUUAAAUCCGAAGUCAAGGCUGAAACAAAAUACUGUCAUUAUUUAUUACUUUUGCUGAAUUGUUGAGUCUAUAAAAAGUUUUUAACAAUCACUGAAAGUCAAUCAUCGUUUCUUAAAGUCUGGCUUGAAGGUGAUCCCCUCAGGUUUUUCAGUUUGGCCUAAAAUCUUUUAGAAAAAAUGAAAUUCAGGAAAACACUUGUAAAGGAGAGUUUUGAUAGUAUUUUUGACCUCCUUGAGUCUAUGGAGGCCCUGAAGUUGACAAAAGUUAUUUUCUAUACUGCGUGGUCAAGAUAUUUACUCUAGCUUACAAUAUAAUAAUCUUGUGGAAACAUCUUGCGCAGAGUGACGAUCUUAGUUUGAGGGAACAAGUUAAAAUCCUGUGCACAAGAUCUGUGAUGAGAGUUGUAUUUUUGUCCAAACUCAAGUUAUUUUACUGCAGAAACGUGCACAAAGUAUCUUGAGGAAACGAAAUAUUUAUAAGCACAAAUUCAAGAAGUAAUCCCAUGUGAACAAGUAGUAAAAAAGUCAUCUUGUGCACAAAAUCAUGUUUUCUCACAGGAGUAAUUAUUGUGCACACAAGCUCAUAUCCUGUGCAUGCAAGUUUUGUUGCUGUGGAAACAAGAUCCUUAUCUUGUGAGCACUAGCUCCUAUCCUGUGCUCACAGGAUAACUAUUGAAUGCAUGCUUAGCUCGUGAACAUGACAUAAAUACUUUGCAGGAGCAAGUUGUAUUUUGUGGGGAACAAGUAAAAAUAUUUCAAACUCCAAAUUUACAGAGAUCAACUUUUUAAAUUUGAAGAUGCAUUUUUGAAUAUUAGAGUUUCACUUCUGUUUUAAAGCAUUUCUAAAUUUUACUUUUCUUACUCAAACAUUUCAUCUCUUAAUUAAAAUGUUCUUGGCAGGAAAGGGCCUCCAUAUAUUUCGCCUCAGUCUGAAGGUUUUCCUGGCGGUCUGUAAUAUAAAGCUUGGUGUAUUCAGGUAGUGUGUAGAUGAAGCUCAGCACAUUGUAACACGUAGAGAAGCACGCAGUGGAGCUUUUUUCUAUGGGGGGGUGGGGGUGUCACUAUUUUUAAACAAAGCGUGUUAGAGGAAACUUUCUGCUCCGCAUGUUUUCCCCAAACGGCAGAAAAAGUCGCUUAAAGCAAUAGAGCACAUGGGACGACCUGUUUUAUUGAUGAUGCCACUCUGUGUGUGUGAGUGUGUGUGACGAGUCAGAGUGCAGGUGAGGAUGUGAGCAUGCUCAGUAGAGACAAUGUAAAGCUGUGGACGCUGGUUUCUACAUGUGAGGCUCAGAUGUGUGUGCGCUCUGUCGUGUGUGGGGGGGUUUGUUUGGGAAGGUGGGUGUACAUUAUUUAAACCACUGUUCUCUUUGUAGCGUGUGGCUGAUGUUUGUUUUCUGCUAUUUGACAAUGAAUUACUCUGCACUUACCUGUCCUCUGUCCUCUUUGACUGUUUUUAUAUGGAGAUCAAACUCAAACUCUGAGCAGACACUGGAAAUGUCAUUCUGACUGCACAGGGCUGGUACAUAAGGAGGCCCAUUUUCACCAGCUAGAAAAUGAAAGAUUUGUCCUCCAUGAAUGGAAAACCGAAAUAUUGAGUCAUAACUGUGAGCUCAAAGGUCAAUAAUGAGAUAUACAUUAGAUAUAGAAAGUCUACACACCCCUGUUCAACUGCCAGGUUUUUGUCAUGAAAAAAAAUUAAAUCAAGAUAAAUAAUUUCAUAACUUCUUCCACCUUUAAUGUGACCUAUAACCUGUACAACACAAUUGAAAAACAAACAGAAAUCUUUCAGGGAGGUGAAGUAAAAAUAAACAACUGAGAUCAUGUGGUUGCAUAAGUGUGCACACCCUUUAAUAACUGGGGAUGUGGCUGUGUUCAGAUUUAACCAAUAACAUUCAAACUCUGGUUAAAUUGGAGUCAGCACACACCUGUCACCAUUUAAAGUGCCUCUGAUCAACCCCAAAUAAAGUUCAGCUGUUCUAGUUGCUUUUCCUGACAUUUUUGUAGCCACAUCUUCCAGCACAAGCCAUGGUCCACAGAGAGCUUCCAAAGCAUCAGAGGGAUCUCAUUAUUCAAAGAUAUCAGUCAGGUGAGGGCUACAAAAGAAUUUCCAAGGAAUUAAAUAUACCAUGGAACACAGUAAAGACCAUCAUCAUCAAGUGGAGAAAAUAUGGCACAACAGCGACAUUACCAAGAACAGGACGUUAUUGAUGAUAAGACAAGAAGAAAACUGGUCAGGGAGGCUACCAAGAGGUCGACAGCGACACUGAAGGAGCUGCAGGAAUUUCUGGCAAGUACUGGCUGUGUAGUACAAGUGACAACAAUCUAUGGCUAUGGGGUAGGGUGGCAAAACGGAAGCCUUUUCUUAAGAAAAACGUAAAAGCCCGGCUUAAUUUUGCAAAAAGACAUCUGAAAUCUCCCAAACGCAUGUGGGAAAAUGUGUUAUGGUCUGAUGAAACCAAAGUUGAACUUUUUGGGCAUCAUUACAAAAGGUAUAUUUGGCGCAAAAUCAACACUGCUCAUCACCAAAAGAACACCCUACAGUGGAGCAUGGUCGUGGCAGCAUCAUGCUUUGGGGCUGUUUUUCUUCAGCUGAAACUGGUGCCUUAGUCAGGGUGAAGGGAAUUAUGAACAGGUCCAAAUACCAGUCAGUGUUGGCACAACACCUACGGCCUUCUGCUAGAAAAGCUGAAGAUGAAGAGGAACUUCAUCAUUCAGCACUACAAUGACCCAAAGCACACAGCUAAAUCAACAAAAGAAUGGCUUCACUGGAAUAAGAUUGAGACUUUGUAAUGGCCCAGCUUGAGCCCAGACCUGAAUCCCAUCGAACAUUUGUGGGGUGAUCUGAAGAGGGCUGUGCAUAGGAGAUGCCCUCACAAUCUGUCAGAUUUGGAGCAGUUUUGCAAAGAAGAGUGGGCAAAUAUUAGCACAUCAAGAUGUGCCACGCUGAUAGACUCCUACCCAAAAAGGCUGAGUGCUGUAAUUAAAGCCAAAGGUGCUGCAACCAGGUUAUUUUAACUUUUCUAUUUUUUAUUUUUCCCCUUAAAAGGUUUCAGUUUGUUUUUCAAUUGCAUUGUACAGGUUAUAGGUCACAUUUAAAGGUGGAAAAAGUUGUGAAAAUAUUUAUCUUGAUUUAAUUUUCUUACAUGACAAAAACCUGGCAGUUGAACAGGGGUGUGUAGGCUUUUUAUAUCCACUGUACAUUCAAAAAUAUGAGAAAGAAUGUAACAAUUCUGAAAUAAAGUCACAUUUUUUGGGAUGGAAAGUCAAAUUUGUGAGCUAAUAAGUCAAAAUUAUGAGUAAGAAUAUCCACAAUUAUGAAAUACAAUGUUAUAGUGGUGAGUCAAAGUUUAAUCGUGAGCCAAAGUCAAAAUUGAGAAAAAUUAAAUUAUGGCAAAUAACUUCACAAUUGAGACAGUCAAAAUGAUCAGAAAGUCACAAUUAUUUAAUGAAAAACAUAACAGUAAAAGUUAUUUAAUGAGAAAAUGUUUCUAAAAAAAUGUGAGUCAAAGUCAUGAAGUGGAAAAUCUAAAUUGUGAAGAGAAAAGUUAAACCUUCGAGACAAAAAGUUAAACUUGGGAGGUAAAAAGUAAAAAAAUGUUCCAAAGUCGAAAAAUUUAGAUAAAAAGAAAAUUUUGUGAGAAAAGGAAUCUACAUUGUGUUUAAAAGACAUAUUCAUGACUAAAAAGCCAUUCUUAGGAGAUAAAGGUCAAAAUUGUAUAUAACUAAUAAAAAUGGUGAGAUGAAGGUCAGUUUUAUAUAAAAGGUCCAAAUUAAGUUUAUAAGAAAUUUUUUGACCUUCUGUGUCUUGACUUUUCUUUUCCAUUUCAUGUCUUUAGUAGAAAAUAACUUUCUAUCUCACAGUUUAGACUUUGAAUUGAAUAACUUUUGAACAUUAUUUUGACUUAUUGUUUAAUAAAUCUGUCUCUGUAGUUUUUUUUUCUAUUAAGGCCAGCUCUCCCUCUUUGUUUUUAUUAAGGCAGUAGACAAGAGCUUUAAGAGUCAACCUUAGUGUAUUUUGCAGUCAGGCUUGUUCGAUCAUGAAUAGUUGUAUAUUUUGCUCCAAAUGAAACCCAAGUGCCACAUUCAAAUGUAUGCAAACAGCACCAGCACACAGUGACACUGUUUGCUCUGCAGUGUAGUGCAGUGCAGCAUUUAACCCUUUGCAGGAGCUCUGUGCAUUAGAUCAUAUCCCCCCACCAGAACGUGACAUUCGAGAGCCAUGCACCAAGCAUUCAUUAUGACCUCUGAGACAUGUCACUGUUGAGUAGCAAAGAUUUUAUUGCCAUCCAAACAGAGAAAAAAAAAUGCAGAUACAUAAAUAAAAAAUAAACACAGCCAGACAGUCUGAACUUCACUGGAGUCAAAGUAUGAACAUCAUAACUUUAUCAGUUAUGUAUCAGUGUAAAGGCCUUAAAAUCAGGGAACAGACACAAACGACAUCCAGUAACAACAUGAACACGUGUAUGGCUUUAAAACCUCCUUCACUGAGGAGACACUUAUAUGCAACACAGACUUUAUGGAGGAAUAAAAAACAAUACAAAAAACUCAACCAGCAGGUAUUAAACCAAACUUGACUGUUAACACCCACAGCAUGUCACAUAUUUUAAUAUCUUAUAUCAUAUUUAAGACUUUAUAUUCCAUCCAUGGGAUUUUUCAUGCGUUUCAUUUACACAUUUAAUACCUUUUUUGUUUGAUUUUGUGUUUAUCAGGUUGGUUAAACUUGAGUAAAAACACAGACGUGGUUUUGAAAACUGAAGAGCGUUCGGAAGCAGCCAGUUUGUUCGACUUUCCCUUAGAUCCUGAACAGAAAAGGCUUCAUAUGAGCUGCACAAACUGGUGAAAGAGGAGAGUCACUGGUCAGGAUGACUGGAGGCUUACUGGGAAUAAAGGCUGAUAGAGGUCUGAGGGGAGGGUUUAAUCCUUAAAUCACUGCAGGAAAUUUGAAACUGAAGUUAUUUUCCAGCUUUAAUCACAGCACAUGAUGUUUGUGACGAAUCCUCAACCUCAGCUUAGUCAAGGGUCCUGUGAGGAGUUUUAUCUGGUUAUAAAACAAACUGAAAUUAUUACUGAGCCUCUGUAUGACCUUGAAGAGGAGUACACAGCGUUAGUUUUGGAUAACCAGCCAAGAGUCAGUGUCAGGAAAAGUAAUUUAUGGCACGUCAUCGUAUCAGCCUUUUGUAUUUUAAACAUCUACUUCCAUGAGAGAUUUAUUUGUUUUGACUGUUAAUAGAGAGGAAAAUGAGAGGCUACAUUAAAUCAUGACAAUAAAAUGUGACUUACAAAUUCGGGACGAAGUUCAGCAACAAUAUGAGGUACUGCUUUGGCUACAGGAGGCGCCAAGCUUCAACACAAAGUCCUCACAGGAGCUUAAAUUUUGAUCGAAAUACUAUUGGGACUCAAGUGUUGAUUAAAACAGAUCUCUGAUGGUCUGCAAAUCAUUCAAAUCCUAAAAUAAAGUGCAAAGACAACAAAUCAAAUGUUAAAACUGAAUAAUUUUGUGGUUUGAAAGAAAAAAGUCUUAUUUUUGUUAUGACAGGAACAACC